AUGGAGUCGUUUUUCCACAGCACGAUCCAUCUCCUCGUGGAGCUCCUCCGCUGCUACAUGAAGUCGAUGCGCGUCUUCUCAGUGAGCGUCGAGCAGGACGCAGCAGACCACGAGCACUCCGGCGGCGAGGAAGAAGAGCAAGGGAAAGCCGGCGACUUGGGGGCAGGAAAGUGCGAGUCUUGCCAGAAGAAUCCUCACCGAGAUCUCUCCGGCGACGAGGGCCGCGCCGUGAUCAUCGACGACGUGGAGACGGUCAUGGGAAAGCUUGGCCUUGAGAUCUCCGAGGAAGAGGGGGACGAGACGUGGGAAGAAGGGGAAUGCAGCCGGUGCAGGCUGGUGAAGGCGGCCUCUCGUUUCCUGGAGGAGAAGGUGGCGAGCGAUGAGGAGCUCCUGCGAGCCUUUUCCGUGUUCGACAGGAACGGCGACGGGUUCAUCACCCCCGUCGAGCUGCGCAGCGUCAUGGUCGCGCUGGGUUUCACCAAGGGCAGGAGGCUGCAGGACUGCGAGUCGAUGAUCAGAGCUUACGAUGAGGACGGCGACGGCAGGAUCUGCCUAUCGGAGUUCAAGGGCAUGCUACAGUGUGCCGCUUAG